AGGUGCAGUGUAAGCUGCAGGUACUCGCUCAGCUGGAUAAGCCUUUAACCAUGGAAAGAAGGCUUGUAAAAAAGGAAAUGAAAAAGCUCCUGAGAAAGCCAGAAGAUGAUCUGGCCUGUCUCCUGCCAGAGAGAUCUCAAAUGUAGUGCAAAUCGGGAUGCUAAAUCUCUCAGGAGGAUGUUUCUGCUGGCAGCAUGCAGAUUGGAGGUGUCCCCAUUCUACAGCCUGGGAGCAGAGCAGGGCACGGGGAGAUUAUAUUGGCAUCAGACUUCGGGAAAAUGAAUUUGAUCCAAAAGGAAGAAGGCAACCCACCUUUCUAGAUGAUAUGGCACACUAUGACUUGGCCAUCAGCGUUGCUUUGCAAUGGCUGGAUCACUCCGAAGAUUUAACUUGGCUGAAGUGGGAAGAAGUGAAAAUGCCUCUUCAUGAUCGACCCAGAUAUCCAAACCACAGAGAAAGAGAAGCAAUGAUUUUAUCAUCUUAUGCUGGAAUCUUAAUGAACAGUAUCCCAAUUGAAGAAGUCUUUCAAAUUUAUGGGGCUGAUUCUUCUGCCAAUUCUGGUACUACCAAGGUCCUCACUGAGUUGCUGAGAUUGGCCUCAAACUCAAGAUCCUCCUGUCUCAGUCUCGGUGUGUUGCUGGGUUUACAGGUUCCCCGAGCUCCACUCUUCCGCCUCUCUUUGCACCCUUUUGCCAUGUUAACGGCACCCAAAGCAGCAGAGUAUGCCCGCAAACAGAGUGUCAAGUUAAGAAGGGGAGCAAUGAAUAAAAAUGCCACCAGUGGCUCUACAGAGGAAGCAAAUGCCAGGAAGUGGAAGUCAUCAAAGUGUUUUUCCGGCACAUCACCAAAGAACACAGUCACUUAGAAACUUGGACUUGGACCAAGGAACUUCAUAAUAGAGUCUCUGGGAGCAAACAAGAAACAUCAUCUUAAAAUUGCAUCUCUUGCUGGCACAUUUUUCUUUACAGUUGGCUUUUGAUUCAGACAGCUCUGAAAGUUAUUAUUGAGGUUGAGUUUCUUCUCUUAGAAGCAUAUUGCACAGCAAAAUUUUGGUAAAAGACAAAAAUGUGUGUAUCUUAUGCUACUUCAUUAUGACUAAAAGACUUGGAGAAUUCAGAGUACCUAAUAUUUCUAUGUCAGGCUGGCUUUGUAGCACAUUUUACAAAUAUGUAGUAUUGAGUAUUGCACAGUAGUACAGUAGGAGACAGUUUUCCAAAGUUUUAAUGCAAAAUAAAAUUAAUCUAUCCUUAAUUGAUUUAGCUAUGUCCUAAAAUGAAAAAUAUUUAAAAUUGCAUCAAUAUAGUUUUUUGUUUGUCUGUUUGUUUUGGUAUUGGGGAUUGAACCCAGGAGCUCUUUAUCUCUGAGCUGCAUCUUCACCCCAUUUUGAUUUUUUUUUUUUAAUUUUAAAACAGGGUCUCACUAACACACUUAGGGGCUGGCUAAGUUGCUGAGGCUAGCCUCAAACUUACAAUCCUCCUGCCUCAGCUUCCUGAGUCACUAGGAUUACAGGCAUGCGCCAUUACAUUCAGCUUCUCAUCAAUAGAGUUUUAAAAGAAAAAUGGAUGCAAGUUUUCUCUCAGUAGAAUAUAAGAACUACUAGGAAAAGAAAAUGUUCUGUUCUUUCAGUACUUUUUCAAAAUGCCGACUAGGCACAUGGUUUAGCCUGUCAAGAUUUGUAAUGACAGUUGGAUCAAAUGAAUAUCAGUACAGAUCAUACCUUUCUCAAGGUUUGGGUAUGCCAACUUUCUGAAGAAUAGUUUCCUUAGCAUGUGCAAAAGCACCUGUGGGGUUUUUUGACUGAAAAUGGUGAUGUUUCCAUGUGGGCUUGUGGCUGGGGCGUCCAAACCAGCCUUUGCACACUGGAUCUGAUUGUAGUUGUUUUUGAGAUUUACCAGGAGACUUGCAACAUUAGGAGGGAGAAAGGAGUGGGAAUUGGCAACCUGUGGUCACUGUAGACACUGUCAGGGGACUAGCCUAGGACUUUGUACAGAUUUUUUUUUUUAAUCUAGCUCUGCUAGUUAUGAGAAAAGAUCUUUUCUUUGUGGCUAUUUCUGUCUCUCCUUUUGCCAUCUGCAUACUGGCUGUAAGUGUUGCCUGAGGGUUUUUGCAAAUAGCAUUGUGAAUGUGCUGCUAGCCAUAGUUAGAUAUCUUUCUGGAGUCCCUCCAUUGGUCUGAAGCACAAAGGUGUUUGAUUUCAUCACACCACAUACACAGGGGAUGGGAUGACAAAGGACCAUCUGAGGUUUGGAGCAUCCUCAAUCCCUGCAUAUCUGAGGAGUGCUUCCAAACAUGUCAAUUGGCAGCAAUGGAGAAAGCUCCUCAGGCAGUCACCUGGACUCAAUGAAACAGUAACACAAGCAAAUCAAAACAUGAAUUUUAAAAACAAAAAGCAACCCUAGAAGAAGGGCCGUGGCAGAAGGGGAGUGAAAGCACAUGUGGGUUUUUUUUACAGAAAAUGGUGAUGUUUCCAUGUGGGCUUAUUGUCCUGCUCUUUGAGUGUCUCAGACUCUUGGGAGAUAGCUUUAUUUUUAGCUUGAGAAGUGUUUACUCUCAUGACAAAACAUAUCUAUUUCCAAAAGUGCUUUUCACCAUUAACUCAAAUUCAUACAUUUAAAAACUAAUGUGAUUAUUGUUAUCACAUGAAAUUGCAAUAUAUGUUUAUGAUAGAAACUAAGGAAAUAGAAAGCAGCAAAAGAAAUAAAAACAUAAAACUGAGACCUGUAAUCUUUCCAUUCAUCGAUAACCAUGAUUGACAUUUUAGUAUAUACACAGUUCUAAUCAUUUUAUCCUAAACAUGCUAAAGUUUUUAAAAAUCAAAACCAUAUUAUGCUGAUGAAGAAAUGCAAUUGUCUUUUGAUUAAAGGAUAUUUUAAGAUCUUUUGUUUCCCCUUUGCACUUCAAGUCCUUCUGGAGUUCAUAUGAUUUCCGGUGAGCUCCCUCGGAUGGAACCACCAACCUCCAUCUCAGCAGCCUCUAUAGGCGAACUGCAAAAUGCUGGGCAUGUAAUGUAUUUCUAGAGAGCUGCAUAGGAUGAGAAGUGCGCCCUUUGUCUCCAAGGUCAUAAUGGCUCUGCUGACUUUAAUUCCUUUCACUGGAGCUAAUGAGGACGACUCGAAAAUGCCAGAGAGAAUGAGAGCCCCCUGCCCCAUGAUCCCAAAUGAAAAAAAGAGAGAACACAGAAAUCCCCUUACGCUUUACCCCCACGUCGCUUUUGUGUUGUUCUUGCCAACACAGCAGCCAUCCUGAUAUAUA